GCAAAAGCAAAAUGGCCCCCAAAUCCAAGUCUGGUGGUGCAAACGCAGAUUUAAAGCAAGAAGACAUUCUACAGGCAGUGGUUUUUGCUGACAGCUUCGACACAAAUUUUUCACCUAUUUCUGACGAUGUUCCAAGGGCCUUGUUUCCACUGGUAAAUGUAGCCCUGUUGGACUACACAUUGGAGUUUCUAUGUUCCGGGGGUGUACAGGAAGUGUUUGUUCUCUGUUGUCACCAGGCACAGCAGGUUAAAGAACACCUCAGAUGUUCACGCUGGAAUGAAAAAACCUCACCCGUGAAUGUUGUGCCGAUCAUGUCGGAGGGAUGUCUAUCCAUGGGUGACGCCCUGCGUGAUAUUGACGCCAAGAAUCUCAUUCGGAGUGACUUCAUCCUCAUAUAUGGAGAUUUGGUUUCCAACAUCAAACUGCAGUCACUCGUGGAAGAACACAAACAGCGUAAGGAAAAAGACAAAUCUGCCAUCAUGACUAUGGUGUUUCGACAGGUGCCCCCAGGUCACGCGAGCAGGUGCCCCGAAGAUGACAUCAUAAUUGCCGUUGACAACCAGACACACAACGUCAUUCACUACCAGCGGUUGGCAGAGUCAAAAAGCAAGGGAUUUGAGUUUCCUGUGGAGGUGAUGACAGACCAUCGUGAUGUUCAGAUUCGUUACGACCUGCUAGACUCAAACAUCAGUAUCUGUUCACCACAAGUGCCGCAGCUGUUUACAGACAAUUUCGAUUACGAGACACGCGACAGCUUUGUACGAGGGAUACUGAUUAAUGAAGAGAUUAUGGGUAACACAAUACAGAUGCAUGUAGUGAAGGAUGCCUAUGCCGCCAGAGUGUCUAGUCUUCAGAUGUACGAUGCCGUGAGCCAAGAUAUCCUGAACCGAUGGACGUUUCCCUUUGUGCCGGACAGCUGUUACCGUCAUAACAAUGACAGUAUAUCCUACAGCAGACACAACAUUUAUCUCAGCAAAAAAGUCACACUGGCAAGGGAUAAUCGACUUGUUGAAAAUGUCAUGUUGGGGAGUGGUUCCACUGUAGGAUCUAACUCGGUGAUCUCCCAUUCUGUGAUAGGCAAGAACUGCACCAUAGGUAAUAAUGUGACAAUCGAGGGAUCAUACCUCUGGAAUAAUGUCACUGUAGAAGACAACUGUGUUCUGAACACGGCCCUGGUCUGUGACAAUGUUACUUUGUACGAGGGCGUCACCCUGUGUCCUGGAUGUGUCCUCUCAAAAGAUGUCUCAGUGGGUCCCAAGGUAGAGCUCCAGUCGGGCACCGUAGCUGUGUCCAGUCUGCAGGAUGAUUUUGGGGAUGAAACUGACGCCCCUGAUGCCGGCACUGACGCAGCUUUUGGCAGCCAAGGUCAUGGUUUUGUGUACAAAGAUGAUGGGGAGGAUAGCGAUGUUGAGGACAUAACACAUCGGAUGUGGGGUGUUAACGUGGAAACAGAGUCAAGUGAUGAAGAAGAUAGUGUUGGAAGCGAUGACAGCGACUCUCAGCCAGGCAGUCUACCACCUGAUGUGCCAGUCUACUACACAGAGAUGCUGGACACCAUACAGAGAUCCAAGGAUGAAAAUAUCAGCUGUGAAAAUCUUAUAUUAGAAAUCAACUCUCUCAAACAUGCAUACAACAUCUCGAUCAAGGAGCUGACAGGCCUUGUGGUGAAGGUUCUUCUAGAACAGCCCUUUUCUGAAGAUCCUAGUCUGUCAGGACCCACAGCCCUUAUUGCUGUCAAAAAGAGUUUGACCAGACACAUUGCUGUACUGAGAAACUACAUUCGAAACGAGGAAUCCCAGUCUCAGUGUCUGGUGGCUAUAGAGGUGUUUGGAGGCUCCAGCUCUGCCCACAUGCCUCUGGUGACCAAGAUCAUCCACUUCCUGUACGAAGAGGACCUCCUUCUGGAGUCAUCAAUCCUCAGAUGGUAUAAAGCAGGGCCACAGAACUUGCCGGAUAGCGAUGACGAAGAUUUCGAGGAACGAGAUAAUAAACAUGCAGAGAUACGUUUACAGGUGGCGCCACUUAUAAAGUGGCUGGAAGAAGCUGACGAGGAAUCUGAAGAUGACGAGGACUGAAGACUGAGGCAUUGAUUCGUUACUCCAUAAAGCAACAUCAGUGUCUUUGCAGUUUUUUUUCAAAAUAAUCUUGGAAAGGUGCAUUACAAAAGUUGAUUCUUUGGAUAUCAAUGACAAUAGAGGAUGUUGUUCAUAAAUCUUUGAAACGACACCAGUGUUUUUGUGAAUAGUGCGUUACAUUUAAGUAAUCCUCUUUUAACAGAAGGCGAUGAAUAUCCAGGCCACACAUGUUUAAACUGAGGACGAUGAAUUAUUGAGGCCCCCAUUUGUAUAUCUUUAAAUCUUGGACGAUAAAUUAUCAAGGCCCCCUUCUUGGGGGGCAAUGAAUACUGAGGCUACCGUUUGUUGACCUCUAAACAAACAGCUGAGUGUUUUCAGUUUAAACAAGAUAAUAGUAGUACCCAUCCUUGUUCAAUAUUCCAUGAUUGGUGCGUUACAAUGGAGAAAAAAACAUUAUAAAGUUGUUUAUAAUGUAAUAGACAUUGGUCUGCAGUAAAACUAAGGUUCCUCUUUUUGAAAAGUGCUAAGUAGGUCGGCAGUUAAACUAAACGUUGUCUUUCUUUUUUAGCAAAACUGAAUGAACACUUCCAUUUAUUCAUUAAAUGUGAAACACUGUUAGACAGCCAAAUGUGAUAUUGUUAUACAUUUUGCACAGACAAAUGGAAAUAACUUUUAAGAGUUCUAUGUGACUUUCCUGAUUUCACAUAUACAUUUCUACUGAAAUUCUGCAAUAUUGAGUAAUAUUCUGUUGAGCUGUUAAUUAAGGAAAAUGUUGUAACAUGUUGGUGUAUAUGGUGCAAUUAAAUGAUAAAAUAUGC